AUAAACCAGCCCAAAAAAAAAAAAAACUUUUUACAUUAUUAUCAUCAUUCAUCAAACCUCAUCAUUAUCAAAAUAUUCAGACCUAACCCCAAACUCAAACCAUGUCUUCUUCCAACUGUCCGUCACCGUUACCCACCGUCACGAAACUUCAAGUUGAUUCCGUUACUUUUCCACCGUCCGUCAUCUCACCGGCUUCCUCCAACCCUCUCUUCCUCGGUGGCGCAGGUGUGCGAGGUUUGGAUAUUCAAGGAAAGUUUGUGAUCUUCACCGUCAUCGGAGUUUACCUUGAUCCUGUCUCCGUCACGUCACUCUCCGUUAAGUGGAAAGGUAAAACGACAGAGGAGUUAACGGAAUCCGUCCCUUUCUUCCGUGAAAUCGUCACAGGUUCGUUUGAGAAAUUCAUCAAAGUGACGAUGAAGCUGCCGUUAACGGGACAACAAUAUUCGGAGAAAGUAACGGAGAACUGUGUGGCGAUAUGGAAAUCGUUAGGGAUUUACACAGACUCUGAGGCUAAAGCUGUGGAGAGGUUCUUGGAAGUCUUCAAGGACGAAACGUUCCCUCCUGGUGCUUCCAUCCUCUUCGCUCUCUCCCCUGAAGGCUCUCUUACGGUUGCGUUUUCGAAAGAUGAUAGCAUUCCUGAAACGGGAAAAGUGGUUAUUGAAAACAAGUUGUUGGCAGAGGCAGUUCUUGAAUCGAUCAUUGGAAAGAACGGUGUGUCUCCUGGGGCUAGGUUGAGUGUUGCCGAGAGAUUAGCUCAGCUGAUGAAUAGUGACAAGGUCGAAGAAGAUGCAACAAAGACUGAUCAAGAGGAAGCUAACGAUCUCCCCCUCGGAGAUAAACUGGCCAAAGAGAACUGAUGGAAUAUGAAAGUUUUUUCUUGGGAUUUUAGUGCUUUAUGUUUCUAUAUCUAAUAGCGUUGUGUUUAGUUCCCAUCGUAUGUUUUAAAUCUGUUUCUAUUCGUAAGACUUAUUAAAUAAUCACAUGGAGUUGGUUCAAAAA